AUGCUCACGGCCUGGUGCGUCGCCGUCUUCUUCUGCUUGCUGACCCCCUCGCAAAGCCAGCUGCCAACAGAUGCCGUCAUCCGGGUCAAUAAAGGCGUCUUACAUAACGCCGUCGCCAACUCAAUGGCACAAAGCAAUGCCCUCCAAGGCGCCAUGAGAGACUUGCCCAUUGGCAACGGAGGUGGUGGUGAUGGUGGUCUGCUGGGCGGCAUCCUUGGUGGUGGAGGUGGAGGUGGAGGAGGAGGCCUACUUGGGGGUAUUACCGGGGGUUUGCUAGGGGGAGGAGGCGGAGGGCUUCUCGGCGGGGUCACCGGAGGUCUGCUUGGUGGCGGCGGCGGUGGUGGUGGAGGGCUUCUUGGUGGGGUCACCGGGGGCCUGCUUGGAGGUGGCGGCAAUGAAGCUUACGGUGGUGGCCCAGCCUAUGUGGUCGGUGGUGGGCAGCCUGGCUAUGGUGCUGCUGAGCUCCGUGGCGACGGUGGAGGUCCUGGCGCUGGAGGCCUGCUGGGCCGUGGAGGCCUGCUGGGUGAUGGAGGUCUGCUUGGCACUGCAGGUAUUCUGGGUGGUGGCGGCGGUCUCCUUGGCAACGGAGGCCUGCUGGGCAACGGAGGACUACUCGGCGGAGGCGGCGUUCUCGGCAUCCUCGGGGAAGGAGGUUUGCUCAGCACAGUCCAGGGCCUCACAGGAUUAAGAAUUGUGGAGCUGACACUUCCCAGAAUCAAUCUGAGGCUUUUACCUGGGAUUGGCGUCCACCUGGAUUUGUAUACCAAGGUGGCACUCAAUGGAAAGAGUGUUAAGCAUAAAUGUCGAUUUGUCUGCUUCGGCUAUCUCCAUUAUCUUUACAAUCAAGUCAUUCGUAGUCGGAGUCUCUUUUUUCUUCCGCUUUGCCCCGUCUUAGAUGUCGUCCUCGGCCUUGUGAAUGAUCAACUGGGACUCGUGAACUCUCUGGUUCCGCUGGGCAUCUUAGGGAGUGUCCAAUACACUGUUUCCAGUCUUCCGCUUGUCACGGGGCAUUUCUUGGAAAUUGACUUAAACACUGUGGUGGGGCAGGUGGCUGGGCCCCUCCUUGACUACCCGCUGGGCAAGCCGGAAGCUAUGCCGUUGCCACCAAAGAGGCCAGCUUCUCCAAUGCCCCCCAUGCCUCCCAUGGCUGAUUCAACCAAUUCCCAGCUGGGACUCUCCGUCAGCUUCCUCAGCUCAGUGCUGGCAGUCCUGCAGAAGCAGGGGGCCCUCGACAUCGACAUCUCGGAUGGGAUGUUCCCUGAACUUCCUCCAUUGACCACAUCAACUCUUGGGGCUUUGAUUCCAGCGGUGUUCCAGAUGUUCCCAGAACCACGGGCUCUCAUCCUGAAGGUGUCUGUCCCUGAUGUCCCCACCGUGAAACUGGAGAAAGACAAGGGCCUCAUUCAUCUCACCGCCGUUGCCGAAGUGUUGGCGUCCAAGCCGAACGAUGCUCACCAGUCCCUCUGUGCCCUGAGCGUUGACACAUCUUUGAUAGCCAAGUUCUCUGUCGAAGACAACAAGCUGAAGAUUGCUGUAGAGCUUGACAAAACCCACAUCACCGUGACAUCUUCGUCCGUUGGGAAAUUUGACGUUUCACUCCUGGAGGGACUGGUUGGCAAGAUUUUCGAGAUCGCUUUCCUUCCAGCCAUGAACAGUGUGCUGGGAGGCGGCAUCCCUCUCCCCAAACUGCUGGACAUCGAUUUCAACAAUGCAGACGUCGAUGUCAUUGAAGAUCUGCUUGUGCUGUCUGCAUGA